UGAACUAAGAGGAAGUAGCAGGACAGGGGGAGUGUACUCUAAGUGUGGCACUGGAACUGGAUGUCUGGCUACUGGAUAACUCGGUGACGUCAUUUGGGAGAGAGACGUAGACUGCUGUUUGGUCAACGUGUGAGCAACGUGAGACAUUUCAUUCAGUGUGGAAUAUUGGACAUCUUCACGGCAUGGUUUUAAUCUCACAUCAUGGAUGACGCGGAACUUAACUCCAAAUCAGACAUUCUGAUAGUUUCCCGAAUGUUAGACGGGCAAACGAUGACGUCAUUGCCAAUGUUUUGUCAAAUGAACAGACUGACGGACACAGGAACAGAAGUCAUCUGGAUGGAAACAGCCAGAUGGAUCAAAUUUGAAGAAUUUCUCGAUGAGGACGCCAAUCGAUGGUCUAAGCCUCACGUGCCGUCCUUGUGUCUCAGCGCUUUGACAACGUUAAGGCGUGAAAUCAAGCACGCGCCACUUUACCUUGACCCGGAAGUGACUGAUUUCACCUCACUUGUAGAUAAAAUGACCAGUGGCUGGGUUCAAAGUGGAUACAUUGACAAAACAAUGGAGAUUGGACUUAAAGCUGCACUUCACAAGCCACACCGCCAUGUUCACGAGGGGAAGAUAGCUCGCCCUCUGUCUGUGGGUUCUAACCUUUUGGCCGUUCAAGAACGAGGUUUGAGUGGCUCCAGUGUCUCCUUGCAGUCUUUAGAAAGUUUCGUUAGUGAAAGAGAAGGCUCAGAGAGACACUUCAACGAUGACGUAUCAGAGAAGGGGACUCCCCGAUGCUCCAGAAAAAACACCAAAUUUCAAAGAAAAAUACCAAAGAAUGCAGUGGCAACAAAUGUUAUGAUAGGGGAGGUAACUGGACUGAAGCGUCCACUGAUGGCGUUUGUUCGGCUGAACCCAGCCCGCCACCUUGGCUGGGUCUGUGAAGUGAGACUACCAACUCGGUUUUUGUUUCUCGCUCUUGUGCCUGACGUCCAAACAGACGUCCGCUAUGACGUCAAGGAAGUGGGAAGGUGCGUCGGAACUCUAAUGAUAGAUCCGAUAUUCCGAGAAGUUGCUGAACGCUGUUCAAGUAGAUUUGAACUGCUGGCUGGGAUCACUGAGUUCACGAACCACUUGACAGUGCUGCCAUCUUGUGUCUGGGAUCCCAGUACAAGACUGGAACCCCCAAACAAAAUACCAUCUCAGGAUUUCAGAUUAAUGUCAAAGAAAGUUCUAGAAGAAGAUAAGGAACAUGUUGAGUCGACUUUGUUACUACAGGAAGACCACGAGGAACCGGAGCUCAAACGAUCUGGCAGACUAUUUGGCGGCUUGGUAGCAGACGUGAAACGCAAGUGGCCUUGGUACUGGAGUGAUUUCAAAGACUGUCUUCAUGUGCAGUGUCUGGCUUCAGUCAUCUUUAUAUUUCUAGCCACACUGACUCCAAACGUGACAUUCGGAGGACUCUUAGGUCAAGAGACUGAUCAAUAUAUGGGUACCAUGGAGUGCAUAUUAGCUGCGGCUAUCUGUGGAGUUGUCUACGCAUUAUUCGCCGGUCAGCCACUGAACAUUCUAGGAUCUACCGGGCCUAUGCUGGUGUUAGAGACGAUUAUCUAUCAGUACUGCAGAGAUCAAAAUUGGGAUUUUAUGUCCUUCCGAGUCUGGAUUGGUUUAUGGACGACUCUAAUCAUGCUUGUCAUUGUGGCCUUUGACCUUAGCUCCCUUGUCAGGUUUAUAACUCGAUUCACUGAAGAGUGCUUUGCAUCUCUCAUUGCACUGAUAUUCAUCUAUGAGGCUUUUGCGAAGGUCAUCAAGAUCAGCUCCAGCUAUCCAGUAUUUUUAGGCAGUUUCACAGAGCCCCCAGUUUGUAGGCCUAAAUUCUUCAACAUGUCCUUAGAAUCCUACAACUUUACUUCAAACACAUCCAGGUCAUUUGUGGACAACACCACACAAAGCCUGAUGACCAUGAUGACCACAAACAUUCCAUGGAGUCCAAACUCCACCACGACAGUGCCUGUUAAAUGUUCCUUCUAUAUUGCAGAUGUUUUUUUCUUAUCUGUUUUGGAAUUUUUCUUCACUUUUGGAAUCGCUUUGUUUCUUGUCAAGUUUAAAAACACAAUUUUCUUCCCUAACGUGGUGAGACAAACAUUGAGUGAUUUUGGUGUUUUGAUUGCCAUCGUCAUUGUUGUUGGAGUCGAUGUUGUUCUAAACAUCGACACCCCUAAACUAAAUGUACCAGACACAUUCUCACCUACACGACAUGAUCGAGGUUGGUUGAUCAGUCCUAUCAAUCAGAAAAAUCCUUGGUGGCUUGCACUUGCUGCAGGUCUCCCAGCACUGCUAGCUACUAUCCUAGUCUUCAUGGACCAACAGAUUACUGCUGUUAUUGUCAACAGGAAGGAAAAUAAGCUCAAAAAAGGAUGUGGUUACCACUUGGAUAUCCUAGUCCUUGGUAUUCUCAUUACUGUCAUGUCCUUCCUUGGAUUACCUUGGUAUGUGGCUGCAACUGUCUCAGCACUGGCCCAUAUAAUGAGCUUAAAGGUUGAAUCUGACUGUACAGCUCCGGGAGAGAAACCUGAGUUUUUGGGCGUUAGAGAACAGAGAGUUACUGCCCUUUUAGUUGGUAUCUUAAGUGGAUUGUCUGUUUUAUUGACUAGUAUUUUAAAGCUUAUUCCAUUACCUGUUUUGUAUGGUGUCUUCCUGUUCAUGGGUAUUAGAUCAUUAGAAGGAAUGCAGAUUGUUGACAGAUUCAUUCUGUACUUUGUGAGUCCAAAGUACCAACCUGACUAUCCUUACCUUCGACAUGUGCCUUUAAUGAGAAUUCAUAUCUACACUUUCAUACAAAUUCUGUGCCUUGCUGGAUUGUGGAUUAUAAAAACAUUCAAAGAAACAUCUGUUGGUUUCCCACUCAUGGUUUUAGCUACAUGCUUUAUCCGAAAACUUUUGGACUGUAUCUUUACCCAAUAUGAGCUCAGCUGGCUAGAUCACAUACUUCCACCAAUCACAUGCAAGAAACAAAAGGCUAGUAGCUCGCUAGAGAACUCUGACUGCACCAAUGGUACACGGUCAGUACCAGUGAUCAACAUAAAGGAAGAGCCCAUAGAGAUGUCUGACCAGAGUGAGGCGUAUGGUUCUAAUGAAGCUAUUGUUAAAGGUCAUGAAAACAACUCCUGGAGUCAUGUGACAAUUACAAUAAGCUAAACAACAGUUGUUGCCUGCUAUGAAUUAAUAUGGCAAUAAGUUAAGCAAUAAUCUAUGCUGAGAAUUAGCAUGUUAAUAAGCUAAACAACAGUUGUUGCCUGCUUUGAAUUAAUAUGACAAUAAGUUAAGCAAUAAUCUAUGCUGAGAAUUAGCAUGUUAAUAAGCUAAACACAUAACCAUUGCAUGAUGGGAAUUAGUAUGACAAUAAGCCAAAUACACAUCCAUUGCAUGCUGGGAAUUAAUAAUAAUCUUUAUUAUCCAGAGGAAAUCUGUCUUACAAUUUGGGCACUAAAAAUACAUUAUAAUUAUAGAAACAAAAUCUACAUUCAGACGAGUUUCUCUCACAGAAAUGUUCACAGAUAGAACUAUUCUAGUCAAUGAUUGGAUCGCCUGGGAACAAAGUCGUUUUUGUAAAUGGUAUCAUCUUGUAUCUCCUUUGUAAAAUCUCAAAAUCCUGGUCCAGAGGGUGUUGUUUUUAUUUGUAACAUCUUUUUAGCCUUUCUCUCAAACAGUUGUCCGAUGAAGUUAUUUGGCUACCAAUGAGUUUGCUAGCAGCAUUGGUAAUUUUCUGCAGUUUAUUUUUAUUUUAUAAUGUUUAGAUUGCAUAACCAGGCAGUGAUAUUGAAACUUAAAAUACUGUAGUGUUACCAUGGUAAAACAUUGACAACACCUUUUCACUAACCUUAAAGGAUUAAUUUUUUCUUAGUAAGAGUAAUCUUGGUUGCCCCUUUUUUUUGUGCUAUAAUCAAAUCAAGUCAACUAAGACAAUCCACUUGAGACAUUUUUCUGCUGUUGAAAAGCCUCAGCAUUACACAGCUUUUAUUUCAGACAUCCUCUUUGCAUGGCUGACAUUAAUUUCUUGUUAGACAAGUUGGAAUGCCUUGAGAGAGAUUUGAACAUUGUGCUAUAGUGUAUACACUUCCAUGAUGCAUCAGUCAUGUUUUAUGCAAUAUUGUAUUAUGUUCCCUUAUUAAUUAAUUGUAUUUAGAAUAUUAUGAAACACAUCGAACAAUAGGCAACAUAUUCAUGAAUUGGGAGAGUAAGAAAAGCCAAAAUCUAUUGGUCAAAAGGUCAAUAACUGAUCGUAAUCAGAAAUUACUUUAAAAGUAUGCUGUUUCUCUUUUUUAAUUUUAAUUUAAAUAUUUGUCACUUUCUCACUAACAUUUCAAAGCAGCGUUUAAUCUCAAACUAUCUAGUUUUUAAGAUGUAAAGAUCAAAAUUUAUAAACAAAAUAACUAAGGGCCUGAGUCAAAAUGAUUUCUAAAAGUCUGAUUUAGAGGUUGUGUGCAAAUUCAACACCAAUAUCUUAAUUUGGCAUAGAGCUGGGGAGGGGAGGUAAGCGGCUAUUGAGGAGAAAUAUAACGUGAAAUUGUACUCCCAAGAGGUUUCUAUCUAAAAAAAAAAAAAAAAAAAAUUUAAAGUUACGAAACUUUUACAAACCUAUUUGUAACCUCAACCUCGAUACUUUUGAUCAUCACUUCACUAGAUAUAGCCUUUUUCUAGAAUUGUUUUUCUUAGUAUGCAUGUUGUUACAGAAACAAUAACAAACUGAUCCAGUGGUAGAAGUCAUUGGUCAAAGAAUCUCAUAUAGGUAAACCCGAUGGUAUUUCUUUCCGAUGGAUUCUUUCUUUCAAAAUAGCGCCUAAAGGCAGCAAGGAAAACCUACUCCCGGAUACCUCUUCCCUCCACUGGUCCACAAAUGUGAUGGCACCAUAGACCUCUGAGCAUGCUAUCAGCAUGAAAGUAGCGCUAUAUAAUAGCUACAAUAUAUUUAUUUAUGUAAUAGUUGUCUUCGCUUUAUCGGACCGAAUCCUUCUUAAAGUUUAGAAAGAAACAUUUUUGUAGCAUAAAAAAAAUUUUCUUGUUGUCGAAAAUCCAUAGAAAUUAUGUUCAGACACCGUCAUUGGAUAUUUGUUUUGGUUACAUUCACAACACGCUAAAGAACAGAUGUGUAUAUAAGCAUGCUAUACUUUAAUUCAUAAUAAACUUUCAAAAUAAAUACCUAGUGAUUAAAUGUAGGCUUAUGUAGUUUAGGUUUGUAUAAUAAACAGAGACACGUGUAACUAGAGUGUAACCUAACGUACUAGAUUUCAAUAGAGUUGAACACUAUGCUAAAUAUCAUGCGAAAUAAUAUACAAGUGUUACCUAAAUUUGACUAAGCCAAUAUUUACAAGACCGAUUUCUGUGGAGCGAGCUUGCCGCCAUAAGCUCCAUAAAAAAAUAUUUGUAGGAUUUUUUCCCGAUGAUUUAGAUUUAGUUUCGUAAACUCUUUUAACAAACACAAUGGGCUAAAGUAUAUUUGAAAAAGUUGCAACAUUCCUACUGAUUCCUAGUGGCCGUCUAUUGAUCAUAUGCACAAUCCAUAAAAAUAUAUCAACAUCACAUCAACGCCCCGCCUUUUUUGUUCUAAAAAGUAAUUACACUUUCUUGGAAGGACCCGCCGACUAAAAUUUAAUAGCGAUGGUGGAUUGCUACUGCAGAGCAUUUCUUUCAUUGCCGUCAUAUGCAAUGACCUCGGGCCCCAUGGUAUCUCAGCAGAAGCCAUAGUUACCUUGCUUGUUUGUUCAUGUUCUCUCCUGAACGUUUCUCAAGGAACAGGCGCUGGAAGCUCGGGGCAAUUUAAUCAUUAAAUAAAUCAACCCAUUUAGCUUCGCUUUAUAUAAGUUAAAUAUAACAGUGUAUAAAACUUUGAUGGGUAUAUUGGGCGUUUAGUAUAACCAUAGAAACAAAAGUAGUGUCCGACAUUUAAAAAGGGAAGUAUUUAGACCAACUCAAAUUCUUAAAAAAUUAAAAGCAAGUUCUGUAUGUCAAUGUCUAGCAUUACACCUUAGUUUGUAGUCGCAAUGUAGUUUCUGAGUAGAACAUUUUGUGUUUUUGGACUUGCACUUUACUAACAAUUCAUGUUGGAUUAUGUUUCUUAUGACCGCUAUGUCAACACAUUUGUUUUGUAAAUAUUGUUAUAUAUAUUUAACUGUACAUUAUUGUCAUUGUACAAAACGUUCAUCUGUUUCACCCGUGUAUACAACCAGAGAAUUAUCAAUACAUAAAGACAAAAUUCUGUGGAAAAAAAAAAGAUUGUAGUUAUUCUCAUUGAAUAUUUCAAUUGCCUAAUGUUAUGAAAGUAAAUAAUUAUGACUCAUGAAGAAUUGUUACAGUAAAACAAUAAUGCUAACUGUUUCUAUGAAAUAAACUACUUUGAGUUCAA